AUAAGAUAGAACGAAAGUAGCACUAUAAAAAAAAAAAAAAAAAAAGCAAAAACACACAAAAAUAGCAAAAAAAUGGUGAAGAGCUUUAAUGUUGGUGGGUUUACCAUUCUCUUGAUGAGUUUUCUGUUGAUCUCUACAGGAAUACGGAAAGGAAAUGCUCAAUCUGAAUGUGAUCCAAAGCCAAGCGCCUUUGCAUUAGCAGAUCUAUGUCUUUCCAUUUCGGCUGUGAGUCAGUGCAACCUUCUUUGCACUGUUGCAGGCUAUAAACGUGGCAAAUGUGAUCCUACAAUGGAUUCGGAGACUGAAGUUUGCAAUUGCUAUCCUUGCGAAUGAAUAACUCAUGACUUGAGUGCUACUGGAAAACAUAUCAUGUCACCAUCGACUGAGUAUUUCGAUUAUCAGUAUUUGCAUUUUUGUGUUUGUAUUUUUAUGUUACUUAUGUUAUGUUGUGAAGCUACCGUUGGUUUUAGUUACCUGUUGCUAAAAGCCUAAAAAUGUGGACUACAAGUCUAGUGUGAAUGAUGUAUUGCGAGUUGUGACGUAUAGUAAAAGAUGUAAUUUUCUUUUACUACACCAAGUUUAAAAAACAAUCUGAAACAGUUUGGUAGUUAAAUAUUUUAACAGUUUUCGUUUUAAA